AUGUCUGAAGACCUGAUUGUCGGUGGUAUUCUAUUCUGUAUUUCACUUCUCGGAGUGGUUUCUAAUUGGACAGUGUUAUUGUUUCUCCCAAAAUCAAUUCACAAAUCAUUUGGAACCCUCACCAGGAAUCAGGCAUUCGGAGAUGCUUUGCAAACAACUACGGUAUUCUUUGUGGUUGUUCCAAUGGUUUUGUUUGACAUUCAAAUAAUCAAAACGAAUUCAAACCUGGUAUCUUUUGUGAUGCUUUUCGGAUAUGAAGUAUCAGUUCUGUCUCACCUUUUAUUAUCGUUUAAUCGUCUUUGUGCUGUAUCAAGUCCACUAAAGUAUCAUCAAUUAUACAGUCAAAGACUAACAAUAUGUAUGAUCAUAAUAGCCAAUUUGUAUUCUCUUGCUUCAAUUCUCGUGUUAUUCGCUAGUGGCUGUAAGUAUUAUUGGAGCAGUGAAUUGCACAUGUUCAUGUAUCAUGUGUCGAAUGCAUGUGUUAAUUUUUCGUUCUAUGGUAUAUUCUGUAAAUAUCUGGUUAUUAUUCUAAUUAUUCUGAUGAUAGAUCUGUUCAGCAUUUAUACAGCAAGACAGUUGUACCGACAAGCACACAGUGGAAAUGUAACUAAACAGAUUAAUAAAAAAGAAGUGGGAUUGCUUGUUCAGACAUGCCUUCAAGGAAUGCUAUUCAGUAUUGAGCUAGUUUGUUAUUUCGUAGUUUCCCCACGGGUCCAGAAUAAAUGGUCUCAAUUCUUCCUCACAACAGUUGCCUUCUCAACAAUUCAUGCAUGCGAUGGAGCAAUCAGUAUAAUGUGCAAUGCGGAAUUUCGAGAACUUUUAUUCAGAAAACCAGUUGUCACAUCUUCUCUUGCAUUAAGUAAAGUUGGCCCGAGGAGCGACACGCAAACAAAGUUUUGA